GUGGGCGGGAGCAAGGCUUUGGCUCACAGGAGGACGGCAACGCGGAGCAGGUUCAGUAACAGCUAAGGGUGGAGAAAAACGGCGGCUUACAACUGAUGCUGAGUAAGAGAAAGGAGGACCCCCUGCCCUUUAUCUCUGGAGCCCCUGGCGAAAAUGGAGGAGCUGGAACACACAUGCCCCCAGCCUCGCACGAGACUCACACAGCCUGCUAUAUUCGCCAAGGAGACGAGCUGCGAGUGUCGAGCGCCCCAUGAGAAACUGACUGUGGAACAGGCCCGGCUCGGCACCCCUGUAGACAGGCCUGUGCGUGUCUAUGCUGACGGGAUCUUUGAUCUUUUCCACUCGGGCCAUGCUCGCGCUUUGAUGCAAGCCAAGAACCUCUUCCCCAACACCUACCUUAUUGUUGGAGUGUGCAGCGACGAGCUCACCCACAAGUACAAGGGCUUCACGGUCAUGACGGAAGAGGAGCGCUAUGAAGCCCUGCGCCACUGCCGCUACGUGGACGAGGUGGUGCGUGACGCACCCUGGACUCUCUCUCAGGAGUUCCUGGAGAAACACAAGAUUGACUUUGUGGCUCAUGACGAUAUCCCAUACUCCUCGGCAGGAUCUGAGGAUGUGUACAAGCAUAUUAAGGAUGCAGGUAUGUUUGUGCCCACUCAAAGGACAGAGGGGAUUUCGACGUCCGACCUCAUCACUCGUAUAGUGAGGGACUACGACGUCUACGCCAGACGCAAUCUCCAGAGGGGAUACACAGCCAAGGAGCUGAAUGUCAGCUAUAUCAAUGAGAAGAAAUACCGCUUGCAGAACCAGGUGGACAGAAUGAAGGAAAAGGUGCGAACGGUGGAGGAGAAGUCCAAGCACUUUGUGUACCGGGUGGAAGAGAAGAGCCACGACCUCAUCCAGAAGUGGGAGGAGAAGUCCCGCGAGUUCAUCGGCAACUUCCUGGAGCUCUUCGGCCCUGACGGGACAUGGAAGCAGAUGUUUCAGGAGCGGAGUGGCCGUAUGAUCCAGGCUUUCUCGCCCCGUGGCUCGCCCUGUAGCAGCCCCCCUCGGGAGCUGUCUCCGUCCCGCUCUCCAUCUCCUCCUUCCCGCUGGGCGGUACCGAGAUCAUCACCACCCUCCUCGCCAAAGGGUGCCUCCGCCUCCAUCAGUAGCAUGAGUGAGGGCGAUGAGGAUGAGAAGUGAGAGGCAGCCCACCCCCCCACCCCCUCCCUUCUUUACCUGUGUACACGUCGGCAGUGAUGACCAGUUCACACAAUUAUCUCCAUGGGAAUUACAUAUGUAUACUGAUGCAAUACAGGACAAACAGUCCUGAUGUGCUUUACCAGUUACAUAGAGUACAUAUGAAAGCCAUUGCUGACCUCUUCUCCUUAAGAGAGAGCAAAUUUAAGAGGAUGGGGUUAAAAGAGGGCAUGGACUAUCCAGCUGAUUUGUCCUCGUGCUCAGGUUGGACUCUCCUUGUAAUGUACUGUACAUCCUUGUUUGUCCACCUUUGGGCUGGAGAUUUUUUUUUUUUUUUUUGCAUAUUAAAGGAACUCUGGAAGCUAUAAGUCUUGACAGCCACAUCUGUCACAACCCUGGUCAUCUAAGUGUGUCACUAACAAAUUUGUCGAAUGGGGAACUAUUAACAGGUGUUUUUGCUUUACUAUAUACAUUGAUCAGUUCUCAAGUGUUCUGUCAAUGUUCUUCCUUCCUGCUCGGUAUCAAAAUGACAUUUUUGACAUCUGUGGCAAGUAGUAAUCAAACUGAUUAUGUAAUCAGGCCUCUGCAGGAAUUUAAUUGUUGGUUGUUCAAUUUGCUCAUGGGACUUUCGGAACUUCCAGGUCACACAUUUGCUAUCCUCUGACAGGGCAGGGGAAGCUAAGGAUGUCACCUCUGUAUGAAUGCCAGCACUUUCCCUGUAAACACAGAACCGUUAGAAUCGCUAUCCACUCCCCAGCGCCGUACCCCAUACCAAACGCUCAUGCAACGCUCCCCUAGAGAUGUCAUAGGGCAUGCACUCUAUGUAAGCUUGCACUCUGUACAAACCUUUUAAUGUGUCCUUUUGUUGGUAUAUUAUUUUCUACUUCUGGCUUCUAAAUGUAAAUAAAGUAUAUAUCACAGAGAACA